AGUCUCGGCUCAAGCCCACCGCAACGCGCGUUUAGUGGCGCAACGGCGUCACCAACGGCGUCACGGCGAUGAGCGUGGCAAAGGCGUCGAAGCUGGUGGCCAUCGUUUGGGCUUCCAAGGGCGGCUUGGGAGAUGUGGGCAAGUUCGCUGCGAUGCAUGCAGCUGCCAAAGGCUCUGAGCAGCUGAAAUUUCGUGCUGUGGCGGUGUCUGAGGACGGCCAGGACACCGGCAUCGAUGCCACGGAAGUGAAGCCGGCGGAACGCUUGGAGAAGCUGCAGGAGAUCUUGAAAGAUGUGGAGAUUCUGAAGCUGAACAUCAACAGUGACGAUGCUGAGGCGCAGUUGGCCCAGACCUUCCAGGGCUGCGACAGCGUCAUCGCCUGCCCAGGCAGCCGUCAGAGUGGCAUCGCGCGCACCUGUGGCAUCGGAGCCCGGAAGGUGGUGGCAGCCAUGAAGACUGCGGAAGUGAAACGCUUGGUGGUGCUAUCUUCCAUGGGCAUUGGCGACGACUACUUGCCUGGCAGCUGCAUCAAGUACUUUUGGGGGUUUCUCCUCCGGGUGGUUUGGCCCAGCACCCGCCGUGACCUUCAAGAAAUGGAGGCCGUGGUGCGCAAUACCGACCUGGACUUUCUGCUGGUGAGACCCAUGGGCGUCGACCCCGCGGAGCCUCAACGCGGGUCCUAUGCGCUGCUCACGGGCAGAGGCCAAGGAGGCUUGGAGCUACUUGUGGCCAAGGAGGAUGUGGCGUUGUUUCUUCUGGAGGAGGCUUUGGAGCCCAAACAUUCCAAGACAGCAGUGACCAUCGGAAGGGACACCAAGGCUUUGGUGGUUUGACAGCCAAGUUUCACCAGCGCAUUGAUGUCCACUGAGCGCGGAUUUGCCAACAUUUUGUUGGCGACUUCCACUGGAAUUCAGGAAGCGGCUUGCUUUGCGCCGGGAGAAGAUGAUCAUCCCUAAUGGGAUGAUUGACCCAACUGGCCCAGCGGCCCAGCUUGUUCGGAUGAGUUGGUUUUACCGUCCCUGUGUUCGGCAGAUAUCCAGUGCUGAUUUUGCGAAGGUUUAAAGCCCCA